AUGAAAUUUCUCAAUAUUCUAUUAUUAACAUUCCUUUGCGUACAAAUUACUUUGGCGCAAGACGAUGGUGAUGACGACGAUGGAGGUGACGAUAGAAACGCUCAAUCAUCGACCGAUACGUCAUCAUCUUCAAAUGAAGUUGACUUUGAUGAAAAUAAUGAUAAUCUGUCGAGUUCUGAAACAGGAACUUCUGAAUCUGAUGACGACCUCAAUGAAGGACCCUCAGAAAGUUACAGUGUAUUUGAAAAAGUAAUAAGCCACGGAACUGAUAGAAUCAAAACUGCUGUUAAAGACUUUCGAAACAUUAAACGGGGUAUACGUGACUUUUUUCACGAUUUU